AUGCACUUCACAACCGUCGCCAUCCUCCUAACGGCAACAAUUGCCCUCGCAAACCCUUCGCCUCCAACAUGCGGUACUUGCAACCCACUCUCCGGCCAGAACAGCUGUGACGUGACGACGUCGUGCAUCAACACUGGCUCAACAUUCCACUGUGCCUGCCGUGCGGGAUACAAGGCAUCACAGUGGAACAACAAUAUUAAGCAGCAGUUCCGUCUUGACAUGCCGAAUUACGAGUUCUUGGUGUUUGUGCCACAGAACACGGUCUGUGAUACUCUUUGUAAUGAUCCCUAUGGAGCUCCUUCUACUAUUUGCAAUGAGGUGCCUAUCUAUGACCAUUGCAAGGUUUAG